CACACAAUUUUCGAUUGGCUUGGGAUGACUGAUCUUAAGAAUGCUUCGUUGGUCUGUCGUAGAUGGUCAUCUCUUACGUUCUCUGGCCGAAGAAUGGAUCGUGUGCAAUUGAAAAUAGAUUUUAGAUUCAACGAUGCAGAGGAAUAUUUUAAAAUUCUUCAAAACAGUAGCCGAAGGUAUCGCGUUUUGGUGCUACUUUACAACAGACAUCGAAAGGGUCUGACUUACUUUUUUCAGCUCUUACGUAAGUUUAAAAAGUCGAUACGCACAAUAACAACAUGGAAUAAUUUUUUUAUUACAUCCCACGAAUUGCGAAAGAUGCUAGUAGAAGUGCCGAAAGUGCAACACCUUUCGGUUCUUGCGGAACUGUGUUUCGACAUUGAGCUGAACAACGAACCGAUCAAACCAUUCGAUCGAACAAAACCGAUUGAAAUCGCCCCCCAGUUGCAAACGCUAAAAAUGGAUUGUGACACGGAUGAGGCAUUAAAUGUUUACAGAUAUUUUAGCGAUCGGCUGAAGUUCGUUGCGGUGUAUUUUAAGACGGACAUUUGUCACCAGCGGUUUUGUGAACUACGCUUUCCAUGUUUGGAACAGCUAGAAUACUGGUGCGAGGACAUACAGUACAGGCGCGAAGAUAUGAUUGAAAGCCUUUGCCAAUUCUUUCAAAGUCUAGCGAACCUACGCCAGCUCGUUUUGGGCUGCCGUUUGCCAGCGACUGUUCUGCAAAGUAUAACAAGUACCUGUCGGAAAAUAAUUAGGUUCAGUCUUCGAACCGACUACUUGAGAAGAGGAUCUCUUGCAUCGUUGGCGGAGCUCACCAAGUUAAAGUGUCUUGAGUUGCACGAUAGGCUUAAACCGGAUGUGUUUGAGGGAUGCAAAGAGAUUGAGUCUCUCGAAUCCGUUAUUUUGAAUACCGCGUUGUUUUAUGAUAUGUUGGACUUUUGCAACCACUUAUGUGAAAUUGCUACUAACUUAUCCAGUCUUACAAUACGUGAAAGACUCGUAAACGACGAAACAGCAUAUUUUGUCUGUAGCAAGUUUCGGAAACUUAAAUUUUUGUCCUUGGAGCUCUGCCUACACAUUUCAGAGCGGGUUCUUUCGAAGAUUGAUCAACUACACGCGUUGCAUGAGCUUGAACUAGGAUAUCUGAAUGUAAAGGAUGAUGUGUUUGACUAUGUUCCCCGCAACACUGUUCGCCAGUUGACGAUAAAAUACUGUGAUCAAAUAAGCGACGAAAGUCUCCUGAAGAUCCCGGGUGCAUUUCCGUCGCUGCAACGGCUUAAAAUUAAAUCGUGUCGGAUGGUCACUAAAGCGGGCCUCGCACAGCUCCCUGCCAGAAUGCCGGACAUAAUAAUACAGGUUUACGCUGAAGACACUGGUUACACUGCUCAACAUAAAUUGGUCGGCUCAGGCGUCAAGCGUUUUCAUGUUUAAGAUCCGUUUGGUUGGUGGUGGGUUUUUCAUAGGUUCUGAUUAGCAAAGCUAAUACGUAAUACGCGGAUAUCGUCCUAAAAUUUCAGAAAUAUAAUAGCAAGAAUCGUAAGCACAUCUGAACUGCUAUCUGCGUAUGUGUAUCUGUGCAAUGUUUACAAAAAUUUACACUCAAACUGCGGUGCCACACCAAGCGCAAAUCGGACCGCAAAAACGUUAUUUCGUUUGCGCUUCAAAAAUAUAAAAACGAAAUGUCAAACGUGUUUACAUUCGCGUUUUUGGUCCGCGAAAACAGACACAGAAG